GUUUAGUUUUGUCGUCGUGCAUGACAUGUCAGUUGUUUUGCUUGCUCCAGUCGUAACAAGAAAGAAAUUAUUGUUCGCUGAAAAAGUGUUUCUUUCUAGAGUCCCGUUAAGAUUUGUGAUGUAAAUACUUGAAGAAGCCACAUCUUACCAACAUGGGUCUCAGAACAGUGGACUUCGCCGCAAUAUUGUUAAAUCUCGCCUACUGCGCUCACUCCGAGCACAUCCUGCCUUGCAACGUGAGUUCUCCGGAGCCGUGUCCUGGUGAAAAUGAGGUCUGCGUGCAGCAGACUGGACAAUGCGUUUGCAAGGCGGGCUUCGUGUUUGUUGACGACAACUGCGCGCCCGAGGGCACGGACACAUCUAGCCACACGGCCACUAUUGUCAUCGUAUCGCUGUUCACGCUCGCUCUCCUGGUAUGUGGCAUAGUCUUGGUGUUCAGGAAGUAUGACUUACUCAAUCAUAUUAGACAAAGAAUCAACUUGCGUAGAAACAACGACGUUAUGUACGAGGAUGUCAUGAUUGGCCAAGACGACCCACCCCUUAGCCCUUGAAUGAAGAUACAUCAUCUAUUUGCUUCUAUAGAAAUGUCCUCAGUAUUUCUCGAACUACAUAGAAAAUAAAUUAUUACACAUCUCCGGCUUCUGUCAGCAUCAUCAUCAGUAGUCUUUGUUAACUCCAACCAUAUUUUAGUCUAUGACAUUAUUAAUUGAUCAAACAAAACUGUGUACCUACUGCACAAAAUAAUUAGAAGUAAAUGUUAUGAAAUUUUCAUAUUUGUGUAAAAACUAUUUUAUUACUGUAGUGUUAAGAUUCAAUUUUAUUGUACCAUGGAACAGAUAAGAUUAUGAUCUGUAUUGUAGUACCGAACACAAAAAUUGUCGCAAUAUCAAUGUAUGACCAGGUAAUAUUUCCAUCAGUUUAAUGUAUUAUAAUAAAAAUAAUAUGGUAGUUAGCAUAAUCUCUAUAAUUUUGUAUGUAUUUCAAAAAUAGUUUAAACCCACAGUAGUUUCCUUUCAGCUUAGACCAAUACAAAUUAAGAAAUCUUCACAAUAGUAAAAUCUGGUAUGUAGGUAUGUGCCUAUAAGGAAAAUCAUUUUGGGUAUCAGAUUUCCUCAAUCAAACAAGUUAUAGACUUCUUUGUUACUUGUCUAUAAAAAUUAUCAUCACAGGGUUUUGUUCAGUUGUUAUAUUUAUUUAUGAAAUGAGCUAUAUUAUGUAACUUUUAAAUGUAGUUAUGUAUGUGGUUUCUCAAGUAUAGUCAACAUCAGAAAUUUUGUAAUCAUUUUAAUGCUAUAAAAUAGUUUCAAAAUGAUUAUCUGAUUUUAUGCUUAUUCUGAAAUUGCAAGUCAUAAUUUGCUUCAAUGCUCAAGUUAGCCAAAGACUGAUGUUGGUUUUUUUUAUAUUUUUGCACAUUAUUUCUGUAAAUUGGCAGUGCUUAUUAUCACACAUUUUAUAUUGUUCUCUUGGUUGGGAAAGCAACAUUGUCCAAUUGAAUUAGUAUAAAAUCAAAAUUACCUUUUAGGGUUCAUGAUUUGCUUUGCUAGUUUUAUAUCAUACUAACUUAUUUAGAGAAAAUUCAAUUUUAAAACAUUUGCUAUGAAUUGCCAAAAAGCCAAAGGCUACAUGUCUUAGCAAAUUUUAAGAUUCUUCUAAUACACCUUAUCUUGCCUAUGUAAUUAAGUACCAAAAAGCUGCUUGUAAUACCGAAAACACUAGUAAAUUCCUUAGUUAUUAGAUCAUUAGAUAUUACUUUGUUUAGUUACUUGUGAAAAUAAGUAUUGUAGGGUUAAGUUAAGCUACUUGCAGACAAGAAAGCUACGCAUUUUUAGCUGCAAAUCACUUAUAUGUAUACCUACCUAUCCUACCUGAGCCAAUUUAUCUUUUUCUUAAAAUAUCAAAUACAUAGGUACAACCUACUUUAUCACUGUUUUGUUUGUACUAUGUAAUAAAAAACCUGGAAGAAUUUAUUAUUAAUUGACAGAGUUUAUUUCAUUGAACUGUCUUGUUUUUUUGUGUGUCAAAGAUUUAUGUUUUGUGGAUACUUUUGGUACACAUAACAUAAUUAUUUAAUCUGUAAAAUUGUUAAACAUUCACAUUGUUAGUAUUGUAGCACAUACCUAUUUAAAAUUUAAUGAAGUUUAUUACUUAUAAUGUAGGCUACCAUUUAUUAAUCCAAGAAAAUAUGUGCCUACAUAAUUCAUCUGUACAAAUAUGUAGAUAAUGAAGGCGUUGGAUUGUGGAUAAGGGGAACAGAGGACUUGUAUUAUAAAUAAAUGUUUGUGUUACUUUUAUGAUGAUAACAUAUUUAUUAAAUAUCACUGGUAAACAAAAAUGGUUCCCUAAAUUUUCCACGCUGGAAAUAUCACUGCAUAAUAACUUCUCUUCUUUCAUAUAUUUAUGUUUAAUAAUAAAUUGUUGAAGACACUAUUAAGAGUACCUAAUAAAUAUUGGCUAUAGGGAAUGAUGUUAUAAGCAAGUGGAA